CCCCGGAUUAUAUAAUUUUAGACGCACGCGCACACCGUUUCUCUCCCUCUCCCUCCCAGUGAUACUUUGAUCCCAAUUUCUAUAUUCCUCAAUCCACAGCCACAGGGUUGCUCCUCUUCAAAUCUAUCUCCAACCCUUUCCUUCCUUCUCUAUUCCCUCAAUCACCAAUCACCAUGUCUCCUCCCACACAGGACCAUGACGCCCAAUCCCAUUCCCAUCCAAAACCUAACCCUAACCUCCUUUCCCUCUUCCUCAAGCCCAUCAUCAUGCUCCUUCUCACCUCCCUCUUCUUCCUCUUCCUGGGCUUCGCCGCCUUCCUCCUCCUCCACCUCUUCCUCCUCGGCGGCGCCUUCCACCGCCUCCGCUCCCGCCCCUCCGCCGCCCCCAAUUCCUCCACCGCCUUCCCCCCUCGCGAAAUCAACAAGCUCCCCUGUUUCCGUCUCGCCAAGGGAUCCCUUCCCGACUCCCACUGCGUCGUCUGCCUCGACGCCUUCCGCACCGGCCAGUGCUGCCGGAGCCUCCCCGCCUGCGCCCACGUCUUCCAUCGCCGCUGCGUCGACACGUGGCUCCUCAAGGUCGCAGCGUGCCCCACGUGCCGGACACCCGUUCGAUUCAAUGCCGGAGCUUCGCUACAUGAUCCCAUACACAAUUCCUGUGGAAUUCACACCACCAAUACUCUCACCGCUUUAUAGCUCUCGCGCGUUAUAAUUUCGGCCAUGGCUACACGCCUACACCUGAUCAAUCAUCUUCAGUAAUUGCAUAUGAAAUUUGGGAAAGAAAAUUGUUAACUUCUUCAUGGAUGGAUGCUUAUAGAGUUGGCGAUAUCCUAAAGUAUAUUACUCUUUCAAGGUUGGCCUCUGUUUCAUUUUUCUUUUCUGAAAGUAAUCGAAAGAUUAUUUCACCAAGAAAAAUGCGAUUGAUUUUUGAAAAGAAGUUUACCUUAACACUUUUUUGCUUUCCAGCCUAAAGAGAGGUUGGAAUUGGAAAGGAGAAAACAGGGGUUGCAAUACCCUCAUUGAAUAAUACAUCUUGUCCUUGCAUGAUGCAAGCUGAGUCUAAGUCACAUAGAUCGUUAUUUAGGGUUGUAAUUUUAAUUUAUAUGCGCAAAAGUUACUGUCACCCAGCGUUUAAAUUGCAGUUUGUAACCGCAAUCUUAAAGUUUUGGAGGUGUUUGCAACUUCAUUGUGUCAUUAGCUACAUUUGCCUGCAAUGUUUACAUAAUUCCCUCGCAUCUUUUUUGCUAAUCUUUAGUGUGGAGGGAUGUUCUGUUCUGUCGUCCAACCAAAGAUAAUACGUGAACUAGUGCGUGCUUAGAAUUAUGGGUAAAUUACACCGAUAACUUCUCUAAUUUCUUGAAAUUUCACAAAGAUAUUAUUGCUUGUUUAAAACCUACUGUAACUAUUCUUAUAGGGUACAUGUCCUAAUGUAUUUUUAAGUAAUUGGUGUAAUGUGCUUCAAACCAUUAAGGGAAUUAUUGCAAUUCUUGAAAAGGCAUGAGUAUCAUGUGAAAUUUGAAGAUACCAUGUGGGUGUAUCAUUGUAUUUAGCCUUAGAUUUUUAUGCUUAAUAGAAGGGGCAUGUGAUGGAAUCGUCAUUUUGGUGACAAUGGCAACUUUAUUUACUUCGGGCAUCCAGAACAAAAGAUCAUGCAAUUAUUAGUAUGGUAUGGUACGAUGCAACUGAGAAUUAUCCUCUCCGGACUCUGGAUGUGACCCAUUGGAAGGUGGUAAGGCAUACAUUCCGUGAUUCGUUUGGCUUGAGGAGGUGAUUAUAGUCUUCUUCCUUGCUUCAUUAUUUUGCUGGUUGGCAAUUGCGUGUGUUAAUAAUUGAACAAAAAAAGUGAAUCUAAUUCACUCUUUUGUUUUUCCUGGUUUGCGACAUAUUUUUUUAUUUAAAUUAAGGUGGGGAUGCAAUCUCGUGUUUCAUUAUGUUCUCAUUCUAUGUUUCCUUCUUUUAUAUGACUGGUUGAGUUCUUAUUUAUUUUUUUUUGGUUCAUUACCAAGGAGUCCCUAUCAAAUACCGGGACAAUUUCUCUUGAGAGUUUGACAGACAUUAAAUAAAUGGACAUCUCUUUUUAAUUAUUUGAUGUGACCCAAGUUGACAUUUGGUACUAAUGAGUUUUAAUUUCCAGUGGUUGGGGUUCUUUUAUCCCUUCAUUUUAAAUAAAUUACAUAUGGGACAUUAAGUUACGAGUAUGCAUGCAUUUUUAUUAAUAUUUUUUUUUUAUAACUAUGUAUUAAUACAAAAUAUUUAUUGUCAAAAAGAGUGACUAUUUUUUGUUGAAGGAUGUGAGUGUAUAUGAAAUAAAUAUUUUUCUUUUAAUAAUUUGUUUCAUAUGUAAGAUCAGGUUUUAACUUCUGAAGAAUUUAGUUAAGGAAUUAGUCGCGUAACAUGCAUGCAUUAUUUAAUGUGUAUAUAGAUGAUUCUAAUAUACUUUAGAUGCGAGGUGAUGUGUAUAAGUAGAACAUUUUUCAUUGGUUAUUAUGAAGAAGCAAGUCGUGUACCAGUACCAUUUUAUAUUAGGCAGCUUUAUUAUUUGUGGGAUAAGUUUGGUCUUGGACACAGUAGCGAGAAUUUGCUAACAGGUCAAGAUGGCGCACCGUGAGACACCAUUGAUACAUUGUUGGUUGGCUCCUCAAGGGUUAUUUGUAACUUAGUUAAAUUGGAAAGCUACAAGUUUACCGGGAUUUUUUCUUGAUUGAAUUUUUUAUCUGAAAUUUUUUCCGGUUAACAUCUCUUAUGUAAAUCUCAUUUUUUUUACUAUUUAAAUUUUCUCUUUUUAGUUUUUAAUUGAGGAUUGAAACUAGACAAAAAUGUUAUGAGAAAAUCUAAUCUCAAUUGGAAAAAACACGUUUUGGUGGAUGAUAUCUAUUCUAUGGGUCUUGUUCCUAA